GUUCGACUUCUUCGACUCAGACGACAACAGGCUCGCCGCGUCUGCUGCGAUCUCGGUUGUUGUCUUCGCUGAAACCGGCAUUAGCACCUACGUCGAAGCUUUUUGCGAUCAGUUACCGUCGCCUUACGCUAUUGUCUGAUCAACAUGUUUUCAAUGUCAUGUACGCUCGUGCGUUGUUGUUGUUGUUGUUGUGUAUGUAUGUGUGUGCUCGUAAUGGAAUCGUCUCGAUGCUGUGAUACGUAGUAGUCAAUUCCGCUCGUUUACUGGUCACCGACUAGAUGGCAAGAACAGAUCGAGAAAGAGAAACGGGGGGGUCGACUCUGACCUGAAAAGUAUAUAGGAGCCAAAUAUUGGCACAAUCCUGUAGGAAACCUCCUAGCUGCAAGCUGCGCGGAGGCAGACGAAAGCACGAAACGAAAGGUAGAAGCAAUAGAAACGUCGAACGUAGAUCCGACUUAGACGGCGAACAUUUGUUUUAGCCAAAGUUCGAAAUUUCUAAUCUAGCCUUCGAACUACCUUUUUUCGUCAUCCAUCUUUUGCUGCUUCGCAUAUUUUUCCGUUAUUGACUUUACCAAGAACUGCGAGUGCUUCAGCAUUCGAUCAGCUCUGAGUAGUUCACGUGGAUUUUGCCUUUUAGCUUUAAUACACACUUCUACUUUUCGAUUCUGCUGUUUGCAUUGACAAAGUAAUGCUAGCUUUUGCACUUGCGAUGUUUAUGGCGGCACUUGUGCCAGUGCCAAAAUGCACUGCUUCGCCUGAUUUGUCACCAAACUGGAAUCCACGUUCGACAUACAGGUCAACGCGCGACUGGCGAUCCUCGUCCACCUGGGGCUAUUCGACGAAAGCAUGGGAUCGCGGCUUCUCCACACGGAAAUGGAGCUAUCCGACCCAGCUGCCCACUCGCCAAUGGGACCCUUACCUCAACCACGGCCAUGAACAGGGACAGGUGGUUCGUUAUCCCGAUGGUCAGAUCGUGCAAUAUGGACAACGAUCGAACAAUCCCACUAACGGAUAUUCCUAUAUGCAAACGCCGGUCAUUCAUUAUCAGCAAGGUGUUAUGCCUACCCAGAGUUGGAAGCCUACUCUCGAGUGCAAAUCUGAGCAGAUGGAGCGUUGCUUCCGCGAAUGCGAAGAGCGAAAAAUUCAUUCGUUUACCUGCAGACCCCAGUUCGGCGUAGCAUUUACGUGCUCGUGUUCCGUAACUAUCUACAUACCGAACGUUGCCGUUUAGUAUCAGCCUACACAUAAAGUCACAUGAAUAAAGCUAGCGUAUUAUUAAGCCCGGUUGGGCAUCGGGGCAUUAAUAGCAAGUCAAAACAUUGCGACUUGUUGCGCACAUUAAAUCCUUAACCUCACCGCAGAUCAUUCACUUCAAUCGUAGCACAUUCACUAGCCGCUAACCCAUAACAUACAAAUCACAUUAAUAACAGUUACGGAAAGAAAAAAGUCUAAGUGUGUGUACCCUGUGGCGCACUCAACAUAUAGCUUUCAAAUACGAGGAUAUUUAAACGAUGCAACCAGCGAACUACCGAAACGCUGGAUGCGAUGUGUAUGUGUAAUAUAGUUUCGCUGUUAAA